AUGGAGAACAAAAGGCUAUGGGAAUUGAACACAACGCUUAAUGCCACCCAGGGGGAUGUCAGUCACACAAACUGGCUGACGCCCUUUGGCGUGUUCGUAGCCAUCGCAAUGACGCUCACCGUCCUGCUGAAUCUGCUGCUGAACCCAUUGAUGUUCAUCACCUUGCGGCGGGCCGCGGGCACCAGGUGCAGUACCAAGAUCAUCCUGGGCUCGCUAACCCUCAGCGACCUCCUCGCCGCACUGUGCCAGGCCUUGACACUGCCCGAGCUGUACAUCGGAGCCUGGAUGCUGGGGGGAUUCCUCUGUGUGACAGUCAAACUGCUGCUGAUCACUUCUUAUUUCAUGGGCAUCAUGUCUCUCCUGCUCCUGACGAUUGACCGCUUUAUUGCCGUUGCCUUUCCCCUGCGGUAUCCUCAGCUGAUGACCACGCGGAAAGCAAAGACUGCCGUCUGCAUCACCUGGGCUACCUCCAGCAUACUGGUCAUUCUCUUGUACGGGGUUUACAAUCACAGUGUGGUCAGUCCCCAGCAUCCCAAGAUAUGCCAGCAGACACUAAAUGACUGGAGAAUGUAUAUUUCGGGUGUGCUUGUAACGCUAACACUAAUUGUAAUUAUCGUGCUGUACACGCGAAUUUCUUUCAUUGCACACCGUCAUGCCCGCGACAUUGCCAUUGUAAACCGGGUCCGACAGGCCAAGAGGCAGCAAUUCAACGCAAGAGCCACGGUCACCAUCCUCAUCAUAACAAGUACUCUGGCCGUCACCUGGAUACCGUCGAUUGCCUUCUUCGUGUCAUCGGAAAGCGAGUUUUGGGAUUACGAGACCGCUGCACUCACUGACGUUCUUGCAUUGUCUAACGGCUGGCUGAAUGUUGUCAUCUACUACCUACGGAAUCCAUUUCUGCGUCAGGCGCUAUGCGAUCUGCUCUCUGCCAAGCCCAACUGUUUCUGUUUGUUCCAGAGCCCCUCGCCUCAAUAA